AUGAAGUUCUUGUCCGUCGCCUUCGCCCUCUUCUCAGCCUCUGUUGCCAUGGCUGCUGUUCUUCCCGAGCCCGAGAUCCCGGGCAAACUAGUCACACGCGAGGAGUUUGAGCUUGCCAUUCGCCAAGCUGGCUGCUCUGCUUGUGUUCAAGUGCCUGUUGCUGGAAAGACUUAA